AUGCAACACCUUGUGCAUGGUGACCCAUACAGCAGCAGCUACUUGUUCCUUCUCUUCUACCUUGUUCCCAUCAUCAUCCUCUCCUCUGCUUCUCCCCAUGGUGCCUGCACGCAGUUGGAGAGGGAUUCUCUUCUGUCCUUCCUCUCCAACCUCUCGUUAAGCUCCAACAGUAGCCUGCUGGGUUCAUGGAGGGGCUCGGAUUGCUGCAUAUGGGAAGGGAUCUCUUGUGACGGCAACAACUCGGUCACUCACCUCUGGCUGCCCCUUGAAGGCCUCAGAGGCCAGAUCUCACCGGCUCUCGUGAACCUGACUCACCUCUCUCACCUCAACCUCUCCCACAACUGGCUCACAGGCACCCUGCAUCCAGCCCUGCUGUGGUCUGACCACCUUGUCAUAUUGGAUGUCAGCUUCAACCAUUUGUCCGGUGGAUUACCUUCGCCGCUACCUUCAUCUUUACCUCCUGGAAACCAUCCUCUGCAGGUGUUGAACGUCUCCAGCAACCGCUUUACCGAUGCAUUCCCAUCCUCCGGCUGGGAGCUUCUGCAUAAUCUUGUGGUGAUCAACGCCAGCAACAACAGCUUCACCGGCCUGAUUCCCUCUGCUCUUUGUGCUGACUUGCCCCUCCUCAGGAUCCUGGACCUCUCCCGCAACCAAUUUGGUGGCAGCAUCCAACCAGGAUUAGGCAAUUGCUCGAACCUAGUAGUUUUCCAAGCAAGCUUCAACAAUCUUAGUGGGUCACUCCCAGAUGAUCUCUUUGAUGCCGUCUCACUGCAGCAGCUUUGCUUGCCUUCUAAUCAAUUUUCCGGGAUGCUCGAUGGGGAACGUAUCACCAACCUCUCAAAUCUAACUACACUAGAUCUCGGCGGCAAUCAUCUCACUGGACAACUCCCCGUUUCUAUCUGCAAGCUUGCAAAUUUGGAGCAGCUGUUCGUAUAUGGUAACAAACUAAAUGGUUCCCUGCCCUCAGCCCUGAGCAAUUGCUCGAAACUCAAGUCCCUGAACCUCAGAGGCAACAACUUCACUGGCGAUCUUUCUGCCAUCAACUUCUCCAGGCUCUCUAAUCUCAUCAUGCUCGAUCUCGGGAACAAUGAUUUCAUUGGUGGCAUUCCCAAUAGCAUCUACUUAUGCAAAUCUCUAACUGCGCUGCGGCUGGCUGGGAAUAAGCUUCAGGGCCAAAUUGCACCAGAGAUGAUCAAUCUGCAGAACCUGUCAUUCCUGUCACUUUCCUGCAACAAGCUAGCGAACAUCAGCGGUACAUUUGAGAUCCUCAAGAGUUGUAGGAAACUCACUGCGAUCAUCCUUGCAGAGAAUUUCAAUGGCGAGGCCAUACCGGAUGCCAACUGGCUUGAUGGCUUCUGGAAUCUCCAGGUACUGAGCCUAGCGGGUUGUCAGCUGACCGGUCAUGUACCUCCUUGGUUGGCCAACCUUGAAAAGCUGGAGGUUCUUGAUCUUUCCAGCAAUCGACUCACUGGUUUAGUCCCCAAUUGGUUGGGUUCCCUGCCCCGUCUCUUUUAUUUAGACAUGUCUAACAAUAUUUUCUCAGGAGAAUUUCCCCUGGGAAUCACAGGAUUGCCAGCACUGACAUCAGAGCAAGCUGCUGCCCAGGUGGACGUGGGGUACCUUGAAUUGCCUGUCUUUGUGAAGCUUAACAAUGCUUCAGGUUUGCAGUAUAAUUAUAUUUCAGCCCUUCCCCCAGCAAUACUCUUCGGAAACAAUAGCCUCAGUGGCGAGAUCCCCCCAGAGAUUGGUCUACUGAGAAGGCUCCUUGUACUGGACCUCAGCCAUAACAAUUUAUCGGGCACGAUUCCUGAACAGCUCAGUAAUCUUACCAACUUGGAAAAGCUGAAUCUUUCCAGGAACCAUCUCUCCGGCAUGAUCCCCUCAGGGCUGAGCAGGCUUAAUUUCCUAGCUUCCUUCAGUGUUGCUUACAAUGACCUACAGGGGCCAAUUCCAUCAGGAGUUCAGUUCGACACUUUUCCAACCUCCAGUUUUGAAGGAAAUCCACAGCUCUGUGGCUCUGUGAUUCAGAAAUCUUGCACUAAUUCUUCAGGACAACCCCAUUCACCCUCACGCAGAAGGCCCAACAAGAAGCUCAUUAUGGCAGUAGCACUUGGCGUCUGUUCUAUAGGAGUGCUUGCUCUCACCUUGUUGGCUUGUUGUAGGAAAAGGCAUCGAGGACCAGGCAGCAAUAGUAAUGACCAGAUGGACAUAGAUAGUACUUCCUGCAGCUCAGUUUCAAGGCUUCAAUGUGCAGCCAUCAAGGACUCUAUCUUGGUCAUGCUGUCUCCAGGCAACUGCGAAACUGAGGAUCUCACCUUCACUGACAUCUUGAAGGCGACAAACAAUUUUGACCAGGCAAACAUCAUCGGUUGUGGUGGCUUUGGGCUGGUCUACAAAGCGAUGCUAGCAAACGGCACCAAGCUCGCCAUCAAGAGGCUGUCUGGUGACAUGUGCCUGAUAGACAGGGAGUUUAAGGCAGAGGUCGAGGCCCUGUCAAUGGCCCAGCAUGACAACCUUGUGUCCCUACGUGGUUACUGCAUCUGUGGUAACUUCCGGCUUUUGAUAUAUUCAUACAUGGAAAAUGGCAGCCUUGAUUACUGGCUCCAUGAGAGAGACGAUGGUGGGUCAGUGCUUGAGUGGCCUGCCAGGCUGAAGAUAGCGCAGGGAGCAAGCUGUGGUCUUGCUUACAUCCACCAAAUCUGCCAACCACGCAUUGUGCACCGUGACAUCAAGUCCAGCAACAUCCUUCUUGAUAAAGAAUUCAAAGCCUAUGUUGCAGAUUUUGGCCUCUCAAGACUAAUCCUUCCCUGCAACACUCAUGUGACAACUGAACUGGUUGGGACCCUGGGGUACAUCCCUCCAGAGUACGGGCAAGCAUGGGUGGCCACAUUGAGGGGGGAUGUGUACAGUUUCGGAGUGGUUUUGCUGGAGCUUCUCACAGGAAGGCGGCCUGUCGAGAUCUUGCCCAAUAUGUCCAGAGACCUUGUUGACUGGGUUCAGCAGCUGAGAUGUCAGGGGAAGCAGGAUGAGGUCUUUGACCCCCAUCUGAGAGGCAAGGGGUUUGAAGAGCAAAUGUUGCAGGUGCUUGAUGUUGCUUGCAUGUGUGUCAAUAAGAAUCCUUUCAAGAGGCCUACCAUCAAUGAAGUAGUCAGCUGGCUUGAGAAAAUUGGUUCUGACCUGCAGGUGCAAAGGUAGGUAGCUUCUGUAGUAAUGCACUUCUAAACAUACUGAGGAAGCACAUGUACAAUUCCAGCCUUCUUGGAUAUAAACCAUACAGCAAGAAUUCCUCCCAAUAUCAUACUGAAAAUACAUUAAAAUCUCCGACUCAUACUCUUCCAUUCUGCUGAAUACAUAGAUCACAGAACUGUGAGUAUGAAGCAAAAAGCCUUACAAUCAGUAGCUUGAGCUUCAUUGAACAUGUUGUCUGCAAUAAAAGCAUUGCCUUGAUGCAGGCAAACAUCGCCAUGCUUCAGUGCUGCAAGUAGGACCACUUAGUCUUUAAAUCUCCAGACACAAGAGGAAGGAACAGUAGAGAAAAGUGCCAUGAAUGAAAGUACAAAAUUCCCGAUGAGACAUACAGUUAGAUGAUUCGCAGAUAUCGCUCCAAGAAAUAGAAAGCCAAAAAGGUUAUGAACUUACAAUACAUAUCAGAACAUGCACUAGGUGCACAAAGCUUUUGCAUUAAAAGAUGAAAGCUGAAAGGCAAUAUCAAUGUUACUCAGACCCAACAUAAUGGUAUAAAUACCUUCUGUUAAGUUUGGACCAUCAUUCUAGAUAUUUAUGAUGUAAAUCAUAUCAUAGAA